AGCCCAAAUGCGCACUGUGUUGUUUGGAAUUUUCUCUCUCCUUAUCCAAAAUCUACACAUUGAUCCUCAACCACCCUAACCUUAACCCCACCCUGUCUGUUUUUCCCCUUUCAAAAUCUUCUCCACUGUUGUUUGUACUCUCUUCAUCCACCACAAAACCUUGUAAUAUUAGCUUUUAAUAUUCUCAUAUCUCAUAAUAUCUGCUGGUUUUGCUUCAGCAACGAACACCCGUAAGGCCUUUUUUUUUUUUUUUUCCCUGCAGUUCCAAGAUCUCACUUCGCUGCAGAAAAGAUUUCCCGCCAAAACUUUCUUUUUUUAAUUAGCCUUGUAAAUGGUUAUCGGGUAUUAGCGAAAAUGGAAACUUUUUCUCGUUGAGAAAGCCAUCUUUUUGGUAGCCCUCAAAGAUCAUUUAUGAACCAUACAGAUUCUUCUCCUAAAAGCCCUUCCUCUGAUAUUGAUUUCAAGGAUGUGUUUGGUGGCCCUCCGAGGCGGGCAUCGAUGCAAGAGAUACGGUGUAGUAUUGCUGAAAGUUCAGAAACGUAUUCAUUAAGAAAAAGUGAUGCUGUUGAAACAAGUUUACAUGCCCGUAGAUGGUCUGGCCUAAGUGAAAAGCCGGUCUUUGGAGAGGAAAGUAUUAAUAGAAGGAGAUAUCCAAGUCAAGAUUUCUUUGAUGAUAUUUUCAGAUGCAACGACUCUUUUAGUUCUUCUCCAAGGAAAAAUGACCGAGAUGUUUUUUCCUCUUCCCCCGGUUCAAGAGUUUUAAGCCCUGGUCGACCCCUGCCACCAAGAGCUGAGCCCUUUACAAGUCCAUCACUACCAGCACAAUUCAGCCCCACUGCCAAACUGAUUAAAGGGACAGACUUGCCAACAUUUGGAUCGAGUGAUGGUAAUCAUCACAAAAAUAAGGAUGGUACUUUAAAUGGUGUGAACGUUUAUUCUUAUUCUCCUCUGUCUAGAUUUUCAAGCCAAACAAACCAAGUUCAGGAGGAGUCGAGAAAUGAUGUUUGUUCCAAGAGCUCUUUGUUGCAGGAGCCAUUUCUCAGCAGUGAGGAUCCAUUAAACUUGGCCAAACCUGAUGAAAUGGACAAAGGCAGCAAUUUGGAAAAAGAUUCAAAUCGUUCCACACUCGGCAGCCACUUUCACUUUUCUAUUUACAAAUGGGCAAGCAAAGGGGUUCCUUUGGCAUUGCCUCUUAGAGGAGGAAAUGUUUCAAAAUUAAAAGAGAAGAUCAAAUUCGAGAGAAGUUUGAGUUCUUCUGGACGGAUAGCAUGCGAAGGUAUGGCUAAGGAAUUAUCUUCAGCGACUCCAGAGGAUAUUGAUUGUUCCACAUUCAAUAAUAGCAUAUCAACUGAUGCUGCUAAGUACUCCGAGAUUGAACUUGACAGAAGAGAGAACGGCUCUCUUUUCAAUGCAAACACCGAUAGAAGAGUAGAACGAAGGCAGACUGUUGAGGAGACAGUUCUUCCAAAAUCUGUGUCUCCAAACCUGAGCACUGUUAUCCUCCAGAACUCGAUGCAAGAAACAAAACCUCAGUCUGUUCUUGACAAGGGCUCGUCUGGAAAAAUAGAGCAAAUCCCUGCAGCUACCCAAGCGACUCCAAAAACACUGCAUUCUCUGAUGUCAGGCCCUGAUGAGAUGACUAUUAAAAAUGAAUUAAAAGAAAGCAAGGUGGAAACAAAAAAACUAGCUGCCAUCUUUGAUGUUAGUGGAAAAGUAAAGAAACAAGAUGGAGAAGGUAUUAUAUUGAGUAACGAAGGAAUGGAUGAAUCCAACUUGCAAGGUUCAUCCAUAAGUUCAAGAGACAGCAUUGCAAAAAAUCGAGGUAGAGGAAAGGUGAAGGAAUUUGUAAAAAUUUUCAAUCAGGAAGCUUCAAACAAACCCAAGUUCAACGAGGACUCUCAAAUUCAGAGCUCAGGAUGGAAGGAGAGAGGCAAAUUCAAGCCACAUGAUGAUGCUGACAUUACCACAACUGAAGUAAAUAUGAAAGUGUGCUUGCCUAAUGCGAACAAGGACAACACACCAAUUGCUUCCAUCACGGUAGAUGAAGUUCUUAAGCAGUCUGAUGAACGAUAUUCUAAGCUAAGGACCAAUAACCAUAAGUUCAUGGACAUUUCUUCUGGACUUAAGGAUAGAUCAAAUUCAAAUGGAGUAUCAGUUCCUGAUGGCUCAGAAGCAAUAAUUGGAGAUCUAUGUGAUUCUUUCCAAGGGAAUAUCCUGAUUAAAGAAUUACCCCAGGAUGAAGAUGAACAACCACAAGCUGGUGAUAACCAAGAAGAAAUCCAAGUAAUUGAUGCUAAAAUUCGGGAGUGGUCAAAUGGUAAAGAAGGGAACAUCCGUUCCCUGCUCUCAACUUUGCAAUAUGUUGUUUGGCCAGAAAGUGGGUGGAAGCCUGUGCCUCUUGUUGACAUAAUUGAAGGAAAUGCAGUGAAAAGAUCAUAUCAAAAGGCCUUACUCCGUCUACACCCAGAUAAACUACAGCAGAAAGGAGCUACCUCCCAUCAAAAAUAUAUAGCAGAAAAAGUUUUUGAUGUUCUGCAGGAAGCAUGGAGUCAUUUCAACUCAGUUGGGUCAUUGUGAGCAGUGAAAACGGUCAAAUGACAAUUUGUUGUGAUUGAGACAAGGACACAACGACCUCAUAAGUGUUUGAUUUUAUAGAAAAGCAAUUUGUAAAAAUUACAGAGUGGGCUAUUUUUUAUGUUGUGCUUCCUAUAAGAGCUAAAGAUAAGAUAUUGGAUUUGGACGUACCUACUUGGUUGCAUACCGUAUUGGAGAUGUCAUGUCAGUACACCAUAAAUAUAGAUUUUGUGAUCUUUCUGUGCUUUUUUUUUUUUCUUUUAACUUUUGUCAAUGAUACACUUUAUAUUUUAUUCGUUAUAAUAUUAUAUUAAUUAAUUUUACUUAA